GAAAAUUUUCACUUCUCUCGAUUUCUUAUGUGUCUUAUGAUUCUAAGGAAUUUUGUUUUCCUGCUCCUUAGCAGAUUCGUUCGCCGCGUACCCUCGUGUUUCCCUCGUAUUUCUUCUUGACACACACACACACACACACUCUGUACGAUUCUCGGAACUCGUAUCGCGUGUCCUUUCGCCGCAGCCCUAUAUUUCUUUUGUAAAUCGUUGUCUCCUUUCGAGCGUGACGAUACAAACUGUACAUUCGAAAAUUUGGCACGGACUGACUUGUUGUUGUCCCCCGCCCUGCCGCCGCUUUACAGGCUAUGAACAUAUUAUAGCGUUUAGAUGAGUUGGUGAUGUCCUACGACGCGGCGGCGGCGGCGGCGGCGGCGGAGGAGGCAGAGAGUACGACCGCGGAAAGCCUCGAGCGUGCAGAACAGCAGAGAGAUCCUGUUCAACUUGCAUCGCACAUUGAUUGUGAUCCGCUCCAGCUGCAAUUGCUGCAAGAUCGAGAUUCUUUGCAUCAACGCGAUACGAUGCAAUUGCAACAGCAACGGCGCGCCGCCGAACAACGGGAACAAAUGCAACUCUAUCAACAACGGGACAAGGAACAGUUUUUGCAAACUCGCGAUAACGUUCAGUCCCAGCAUCAACAACAACAACGAGAGCACAUUCAUCAACUGCAAUCGAUCAAUAAUUUGCUUCUCGACUUACCACCAAGCUCGAACAAGACGUCACACUCGGUGCGCCCUUAUGAAUCAUCAGAUUAUACACCGUUGUUCAACAAAGGAUCCAAUUCUGAAGUCGCAGCUGACAUGUCGAUCUCGGAUCUCCUCGGUUUGGGAUUACCUCGUGGUUCUCUGAUGGGCAGUCAAUCCUCGAUCGGCUCUCCGUGUUAUCGUCAGCAGCAUAAUGGCCAAAAUCAUGGACGCAGCAGUUCUUCACGUCAAAAUUAUCCGUACUGCGAGGAAGGUCGCGGUGGUGGUUACUGUUCAAAUAACUCACCGCCGGGCCUGGAUAUACCAAGCACACCGACGUCCGUGACAACGCCAGGUAGCCCGAGCACUCCGUGUAGUAGUAUUUACUCGAAUCCGUACUCUUAUUCGAACAAUACUGGUAACAGCAGCACCAGCAGUACCAGCAGCAACGGUUUUUCGGCACAAUCGCCUCCUCCCAACCGGUCUUACUAUAAUGUCAACAACUGUCCAUCAUCUCCCGGAUACAACCAUUACUACGGGAGACCUAUCAGAGGAUCACCGGCUUACAGCGAUUGUAGCAGCCCGUCUAUGGAGUAUCCUCACGUGUUCGGUUUCGGUGGUUCCCGCUCGAAUUCGCCGUCUGACUCCGAGAUGAGCGGCUACAACAGCGUUGAUAGUUCGCUGUCCGACAUUAUGGUACGACGAAAUUGUCUCACAAUGAAUUCGUCCGGUUAUUCGUGCUAUUCACCAUCGAUGACAAUUAUGCCAUACGAUGCGGAUCUUUAUCACGGUGGAAAUAGAGCUGCUGCGUAUCAGCGUAUGGCAGCUAAGAAAUAUCAGCAACAACAGCAUUCGAAUGUUCGUCACCAUCAUUGCUGUUCAUCAUCCGUCGCUCCAAAUAUAAUGGAGCCUUAUAUCUCUCUGGAUCGUGCCGCACGAUGUCAUCGUAAUGCAGCCGCCCGUAGCGAAGCGUCGUGCAUAUGGUCCGGAGAGUUGCCAAAACGUACCAUCAAGUCGUCAGGUUUCUCCUCCAAAGUUUUUUUGGGAGGUUUACCCUAUGACGUCACCGAGUCUCUUCUUGUUUCGACGUUUAAACAUAUUGGUCCUAUUCGCGUUGAGUGGCCAGGCAAAGAACAAUCGGACCCCAAGGGCUACGCUUACAUCAUCUUCGAGUCCGAAAAACAAGUAAAAGCUUUGUUGUCUUGCUGCACACAUCGUUUCAACGACGAAAAAAGCUGGUACUACAAAAUCACUCCCAAAAGAUCAAAGCCUAAAGAUGCUCAAGUGAUCCCAUGGCACAUCAGUGACAGUAACUAUUCAAAAUCAUCGUCUCAGAAAUUAGACCCGGAGAAAACGGUUUUUGUAGGAGCUCUACACGGCAUGUUGACUGCCGAAGGCCUCGCCAAAAUCAUGAACGAACUUUUUGAGGAAGUUAUCUACGCGGGUAUCGAUACCGACAAGUACAAGUAUCCGAUCGGUUCUGCUCGAGUAACAUUCAGCAGUAAACGUUCCUAUAAGAGAGCGUGCGCCACGGCUUUUGUAGAGAUUAAAACUCCAUUGUUCACUAAAAAGGUUCAGAUAGAUCCUUACAUCGAGGAUUCGGUAUGCUCUGCGUGUGCUGUUCAACACGGAGCUUACUUCUGUCGUGAACCGAUUUGCUCCCGAUAUUUCUGCUUCAGUUGCUGGCUAUGGCAGCAUGCUUCAGAGCCAAUGAGUCAUCAUCAGCCGAUGUCUCGUGGAUUCAAGACGAAUUCGGUUGUUCCACUGGGAUACCAUCAGAGAACGAAUUUUGGAAAUCGCUUGUGCUUACCGCCAAUUUAAAUUUGAGAUUAACGAACAAGAGGAAAAACAUUAGCCGACUAACAUGCGUUGCAAAUUAUUAGCGCUCUCUCAAAUUUUCGGAUCUCCGGUCGACGGUCUCUUUUUUUUUUUACAUUUAUUUUUCUAAUCGCCAUAGCAGUCUAAGUUAUUAACGAUUUCGCAGAGACCUUGAACCGACAGAAUUUUGUUUUUGUUUCUGUUUUUUUUUUUUUUUUUUUUUCGUUCUGGGACACGCUGAAAAAACUGCGACUACGCGAAUUUUGGAUUCGUGAAUACACCGAGAUAACAAACAAAAAAUUUGCUCGGUAAUGUCUGUACAAUAGAAAAAGCAUAGGCAUUGUCGGGAUAAACAAAAGUGAUGCCUAACUCGGGACAAUUUCGAUUUAUAACGAAUACCUUGCUUACGUACGGUACAAAUAUUAUAGCAGUUACACGGUUGUCCAAAAAUUACAUGUUGUAAUUAAGAGGGACAAGAAAAGAGAAAGAUUAACAAAACCAGGGAGUGCAUUUUGUCGACUUGAAAUGCAAAAAAAGUUCGCGUCCGAUUUGCGAACUUCAUAAUAUGGCAGCGACGGCAACGAUGCAGUGAAUUUUCUUUUUAAUUCAAGUUUAUGUUUAUUUGAGGACUGGUCCUCUGGUUACCACACAGCGUGGAUAUUCUCUCACUUUUUUUUUUUUUUUUUUUUUUUUUUUUUUUUUUUUUUUUUUUAUCACGAAUAAUUGAAACGCGUUAAAAUAUUCAAAUAAUAUGAUAGUAAGCGUUGUGUGAUUAUUAAAACAAACAAACAAAAAACCAUUAAACACGCGUACACAGGGCGUCCUGAAAUCCAACGGGGAUAAGUUGGUUCGACAUCUUCAAAUGGGAAGGAAAACAAAAUCGUAAUACGCUAAAUUCGAGUACGAUGCUUUUACGUUGACAAAGAAUCAUGAUUUUUUUUUUAUGCGUUUGAGUAAAUUUGAGAGAAGAAAAUGUUAAAUCAAGUGUGUGUCAAAGCGUUCGAUUGUAAAUCGUAACUGAGCUUCGUUGAGAAUAAUAAUGAAAAAACAUUGUAAUAAGAUGGAAUUUCAUAUUCAAAUUGAUCAUGGGGUAACGUUCAAAUGUCUUGAGAUUAUGACGUUAUACUAUUGUUUUUACAGAGUCGCGCGUGACUUCCCAAACGUUUAUUUAUAUGUUUUAAUCCUAAAGGAAAAAUGAGUGAAAAAAUAGUCAUACAUAUGAAUCGACAAAAUAAUUUAGUCGAUAAAAUUGCUAUUUGUUAUCGUUACUUAGUUGAGUGAACACGCGUGUACUUCUGAAUAGUUAUAGCACAAACUUUAAUAGAGCCAUGGUCAAUUAUUCACGAUAAAAAUUGAAUACAACUUUUCUGUAGGAACAAACAAAAACUAUGCGAAACAAUUGCGCGCACUGCGUUACCGAAGUUUUCUCAAUCGGCAACGCAAUUUUGCCAAUUAAUUUAUGAUUUAUAUCAGCCUCCCGUUGGUUUUUACAUUAGAUUGUACAGUUUAUUAAGGGCUCUAUUCAAACGGGAUAGUCCAUCACUUUAGUCAUUUAUUUAUAAACCAUUAAAAUUCUAUUAUAUCGUCAUGUCCUUGUGGGGUAGGUCAGUUUUGGUCGCAAAAUAGAAAUCGUUAUGAUUGUAUAGUGACCGUUAACUCACUCGCGCUCAUUCAACUGGUUUAUCUGUUGACGAAAUGGAUUUGUACACGGUCUACGAUUCUGGAGCGAGAUUGCAGUUGAUUAAUCGUUUUUUAUUUCACUUUCUUCUUUUUUCGUUACGCCAAUAGAAAAUCACGCAUUUACAUUGUCGAUGUGUUUUUGGUAUUAUUUUGUUAAGUAAAUUAAAUUUCAUCAUUUUUCAAAUACAAUUAUCUGCAUUAUUGUUUCUCCAAUUAUUGUGUCUCUUGCCCACUUUUCCCUUGUCCUCGUCAUUCGCGUGUAACUUUUUCACUUUUGUUUAGAUAAAGGCCUUGGUUAUUGAACUUUGAAUUUACAUUGAGGCUUUUCCCCGAUUUAUAAGACGUUGAGCGAACGUUUCCAAAGUAUGAAAAUGAAGAGGCCAACAUAUAAAUUCACGAGCCACCGUGCACGCUGCCCAACUGAACUUCUAAUUAAAAAUACGGCAACCCGCGCGCGGUUGAAUCGUACAACUCUUUAUUCAUUUACAGGCUUCACGAUGUAAGCGUGAAAUGGAUCGUAAAAAAAAAUUAUUUUCAUUAAAAUUUAUUGCAUGAUGAAACAAUUAGCACCACGCUCUUUUUUGCUGCUAGAAGCGCUCGCAGAAAUGCGUAAAAAAAUUUGCUGAAUGAUGUUUUUGACUUCGGAAAUCAGAACUACACUUGGAUGAUAUCUUUCUUGCAAUAAUUUAAAUCAUUCGCACAUCCGAAAUAGUCAACCAAAAUAUGGUCAUAGUUGGAGGAAGAGAGAGGAGCUUUGAUUUGAAAAUGUUGUUAUAAAAUGCUGAAAUACCGAAACUGAAUACUUUGAGUAAACUCCGCGAAGAGUAUAUCGUUGAAAUUCAGUAGUUAUAAUAUAGAGCAGAAACAAAAAAAUUCCAUAUGGUAAUGAAUACAAGCGAGAUAUUCAAAUUGUGCUUUAAAUGAUAGGUACAUUGUGAAAAACGAGCCUGAAAACUAUUUUUUUUUUUCGCUAACGCGCGAUACGGUAGUGCAAUAAAAAAAAGGAAUGGGACAAAUUUUUAAACGG